UUUUAUCUGCUCGUGGAAUACUCAUGGCCGCAAUCUGCUCCCAGGUCUCCUCCGUCACCGAGUUCCACCAUACAAAACCGCCGAAACUGGAUCAGGCGGCGGAGACGGAAGACUCUUCGAAGUCCGCUAAACGAUGGGAGACGGGUGCCGGAUUUGAUGACGACUCUAGUGAUGGCGACUUUGGUGCUCCGAGACUUUGCCCUCAACUACUUUGCCCUCAAGAAGUUGAAGAACUCUCUGAACUGUCCGAAUUUGCUCUUUCUCUUUGUGAGACUCAACAUGUCUCUUCUGUCACUGAGUCCGACCAUACAAAACCGAAACUGAAACUGGAUGACGGAGAUACAGAUGAGGCGGCGGAGACGAUAGACUCUUUGAAGUACGCUAAACGAGGGGAGACGGGUGCCGGACUACAUGACGACUCUACUGCUGACUCUGGUUUUAAAGUUGAGGCGGCGGAGACGAAAGACACUUCGAAGUCCCCUGAACGAGGGGAGACAACUACGGGAUUUGAUGACGAAACUAGUGAAGACGACUUUGAUUGUAAGUUGAUACGUUGCCCUCUGGAAAAUGGAGAAGCGGAGGACCUGUCCGACUUUGCUCUCUCUCUUUAUGAGAAACAACAUCCAGGAGAGGGUUGGAAGUUUAAGAGCGUGCAUGAGGCUUACCGGACGGAACAUUGGUGUUCUUGUGCCACUUCUUAUCACCUUGAAUUUGUUGGCAAAAAGGCAGAUGGUAAAUCUAUACGAAAUUUUGUGGUGGAUGCCGAUUGUUCUGCUUUUGAUCCAUAUGAAAAAUUAACGCUAUACCAAUGUGUCUUACUGAAAGAUGAUGAGGUGGGGCGAAUGGAUGAAAAUAUUAAGGAAAAGGUGAGCAUGGAGACUAGCCUAAUUACUUACGAACUAAAAUGUAAUGAGCUCCAGAAAGAUGAAAUUGUUGAAUUCUGCAAAUCUGCCCUCACUUACUAUGAGGAGCUCCAUUCAGGAGAAGCUUAUGAGUUUGUGGAGAUACAGAUGGCGAGACGUUGUAUCGUUGGAGGCAUUUUUAUAUUUCAUGCGAAAAAGAAGGCUGAUGCUACUCUUGCAACCUUUAAAGCUUAUAGUGAUGAUCGCGCUCUAGAUAUGGACAUAAAGGUUGUGGGCUCUUUAAGUCGCCUUUGAGUAGUUUAUUGAGACUUUGCCCUCAAGUAGUUUAUGGAAGUGCAACAAGGGUAAGGGACAUUAUAAGGGUGUGUUUGGUACUUUGGUUCAUGGGUUUACACACUAAAAAUGUUUUCAAAUUUUACUCAUGUAACCAGCCGAGCACAAUUAUACAUCUGUUAUGGAUAAUCCAUAAUGUGGAAUAAACUUUUAUGUAUAUCCUAUUUAUGUUUCAAGGCAUUGACAAAUGGAAGGUUUAUGUGUGUAAGA